AGCUACUUGCAGGCCCACGACGGAGGUCUUGGUUCCAAGUAAAGGAGGAGUUAAUCAUCACAGACUCUAACGACCGUGGUGCUGAAUAUUAUCGCGACUCAGGAUUCUCAGACCCAGAACAUCUACAGCAGUCGAAUCCUUGGGCGCAGUGCUACCUCUCAGAAUGACAUUCGCUAUCGUUGACGACCUAUCUGUUGAAAGUCUUCAAUCCUCAUACCACAAUGGCACCGCCACUCCAUCCGACGUCGUGGGCUCGGUCUAUACACGCAUCUCAGACUACCCCGACCAAGCCAUCUGGAUCACUCUCAUCCCAAAGUCCGACGCCUUGACUCGCGCCAGACGUUUGGAAUCUCAAUAUCCCGACCCUUCAUCCCGUCCCUCCCUUUAUGGGAUUCCCUUCUCCGUGAAAGACUCCAUCGACAUCGCCGACCUACCAACGACACUGGCUUGCCCGAGCUACGCCUACACCGCCACCUCAACGGCCCCAGUCGUCCAACGCCUACUCGCUGCCGGCGGCAUCCUCAUUGGCAAGGCGAACCUUGACCAAUUCGCGACAGGCCUGAACGGCACACGCUCGCCGUACGGUAUCCCCAGGUGUGUGCAUGACCACGAAUACAUUUCGGGCGGCAGCUCGUCCGGCUCUGUCGUUAGCGUCGCGGCGGGCCUCGUUUCCUUCACGGUGUCCACAGACACAGCAGGGAGUACGCGGGUGCCGGCUGCGCUCAAUGGCGUUGUCGGUUUGAAACCUACGCUGGGCACUAUCUCGACGGUCGGCCUUGUCCCGGCGUGCAAGACGGCAGAUUGUGUCUGCGUAAUCGCUCCGACAAUUGAUUCGACAUUGAAAGCCUACGAGGUAAUGCAUGGAUACGACGAGGAUGACGUGUAUGCGCGAGACCCCCAGCAGUUGGCGAUCCUUGCCAACCAGCCUGCUUUGUUAUCGAGGUCAGGGGCGAGUGCCGAGAACACAUACGCCCUGCCGCCGCAGGAGCUUGUGGACAGUGUCCUCUCUCCAGAGUAUGCCAGUGUUUACGGCAGGUUUCUCUCAAGGCUGCGGCUGGAGAGCACUUUCAAGCUGGCAAACGAGUUUGAUUACUCACCAUUUGCUGCGGCGAAUGCGAUGUUGUACGGUAGUUCGAUCGUCGCGCAGCGCAUUGUGGCGUUCAAGGACUACAUUGAUAGUCACGGGUAUGAGAAGCUGCAUCCGGUGACUGACGACAUCUUCAGAGCGAGUGACGGCUUCUCGGCGGUGCAGGCCUACCAGGAUAUUUUCGAAUUGGCCAAGUAUAGAAGGCUGGCGGCGAAACAGUUCAGCUCCUCUAUUGGCGUGGAGAAUGGUGGUCCUGAUUGUGGGAUCGAUGUGCUCAUUGUGCCUUCUACAGCUACUCACCCGACCGUAGAUGAGAUGCUAGACGAUCCCAUUGAUUUGAACAAGCAGCUAGGUAGCUUUACGCAUUUUGUCAAUUUGUUGGAUUUGUGUGCGGUCGCCGUACCCUUGAAGGCGCACUGGACCAGCAAGAAUGGGAAGAAGAUGCCGUUCUCGGUUACGCUGAUUAGCCUGCCUGGACGGGAUGGGGAUUUGCUUGAGCUGGGAAGGAUGAUCAUGGAGAUGCGGGUGGAUUGA